UGUAAAUCGAAUAAAUAAAUAAAAAUAAUGGUCAAACACUUAUUCUCGGUAUCGAGAAAGUGAGACAGAACAUUCUAAGUAUGAAGAUGUCUGGACAAGUAUGAUUUUUUGAUUAAAUUCAAUGAGGUGCUUCCUUACAUGAAAGGUGUCCGGGUUUUCCCCGGACACUUCUUGAAACCCCGCUCGGACGGCCCCUGUGACGGAUGGCAGCCCUAAGUGGAAGCAACUAUGUUUAUUUUGCCAACAACUUCUAGGCUUAUGCACUUUGAAGUGUAUGGCUUGAGUUUUAAAAAGAUAUCCACCAUGGUAGAAAAACUAUGCACACACUAUGGAGAGAAAAUAUGUGAAUAUGAAGGGGAGACAUACUAUGCAUUUCCAGAGGUUGAGAAACUAGCUCAUAAUGGGGUGGAAUCAGAACUCAGAAACCUAGGCUUUGGUUACCGUGCUAAGUUCAUUCAGAAGUCUGCAGCUCAGAUAGUUGAGUGGGGCGGCGUGGAUUGGUUCAACAGUCUCCAAGAUAUGAAGUAUAAAGAUGCUAAAGUGGAGCUCAUGAAAUUACAUGGGAUUGGACCUAAGGUAGCUGACUGCAUAUGCUUAAUGUCGCUAAAUCACCUGGAAGCGUUACCCGUAGACACCCAUGUGUAUCAGAUAGCCGCACAGAACUAUCUCCCACAUUUGAGAGGCAAGAAGAAUGUCACCGACAAGAUGUAUACAGAGAUAGGAGACCAUUUCAGGAGUUUGUAUGGAGAUAUGGCGGGGUGGGCUCAUAAUGUACUCUUUUGUGCAGACCUUAAGAAAUUCCAACAGAGUGAAACUGAUACCAAUGACACUGGCAAACCGAAGAAAAAGCGGAAAAAACUGUGAUAAUUAUCAAUUUAUUAUGAAAUAAAACAAUCAAAUAAUCGA